AUAUCUUAAAAUGAUUGCAAAGGUUUUAUGCAUCACAACUCUCCUGGCUGUUGUGACAGCGCAAUAUGGCCACGGUCACAGUGAUGCACACUCUUCCCAGCAUUUCGUUAAACACGAUGGACAUCCUGAAGUUGGCCACGGGCAUCACGGACAUCACGACUAUCAUACUCAUCCCAAAUAUGAGUUCGACUACAAAGUGGAAGACCAUCACACGGGUGACAUGAAAUCUCAACAUGAGCACCGAGACGGAGACGUGGUGAUGGGUGCGUACUCUCUGCACCAGCCUGAUGGCUCCGAGAGGACUGUCCACUAUCACGGAGACCAUCACACUGGUUUCCACGCAGAUGUAAAAUUCGGAACUCAUCACAUUGUUUUAUGCAUCACAACUCUCCUGGCUGUUGUGACAGCGCAAUAUGGCCACGGUCACAGUGAUGCACACUCUUCCCAGCAUUUCGUUAAACACGAUGGACAUCCUGAAGUUGUCCACGGCCAUCACGGACAUCACGAGUAUCAUACUCAUCCCAAAUAUGAAUUCGACUACAAAGUGGAAGACCAUCACACGGGUGACAUGAAGUCUCAACAUGAGCACCGAGAUGGAGACGUGGUGAAGGGCGUCUACUCUCUUCAUCAGCCUGAUGGCUCCGAAAGGACUGUCCACUACCACGGUGACCAUCACACUGGUUUCCACGCAGAUGUCAAAUUCGGCACUCAUCACAUUGUUCCUCAUCAUCAUCACCAUGCACUCUGCUUCGUCUCCAUAUUCGCAGUAGCGUUGGCCCAAUAUGGCCACGGGUACGGCCAUGGUUACUCCUCUCAGCACUUUGUGAAGCAUGAUGGGCACCCCGAAGUCGUCCACGGUCAUCAUGGACAUCAUGACUAUCAUACUCAUCCCAAAUACGAGUUCGACUACAAAGUUGAAGACCAUCACACAGGAGAUAGGAAGUCACAGCACGAGCACCGUGAUGGAGACGUAGUGAAGGGCGUCUACUCUCUGCAUCAACCUGACGGUUCCGAAAGGACUGUCCACUACCACGGAGAUCACCACACCGGAUUCAACGCCGUCGUACAUCGUGAAGGACAAUCCUCCCACCAGGCCCCAAACUCCCACUAA